AUGUAGAUUAGAUGUACCUAAGCUGAUCAUCGAAAUUAAUAAAUAAUUGGAUUUUGCAUAGAUAGCACAUGUCCAAAUUAGAGACCUUAUUGUCACUAUUUUUUACCUCAACAUGGUCAACAUCUUGACAAAUUAACAUAUUUUGAACUUUUUAAUGAAUGGAUUUAGAAAAGAAUCAUUAAUGCUUAACAUGUAUAAAAGAAUGUUUAAAAGUGUAAAUUAUCUCUUGAUUCUCUUCUAAAUUAGUUAAUUCCUUAUUUGAACUUUGAUAUCUAAUAAUUCUCAGAAAUAGGAAUUUCAUAGAUAGAUAACAUGAUAUAGGGCUUAUGUUAAUUGGAAGGUUGUGAAGAAAUAUUAUUUUAACAACUUAAAUAUUUUAUCGAAUAAAUCAAAAAGAUUAUAGAUUAAAUAUUAAAAAACAUAAAGAAUUAAACAAAUUAAAAGGAAAAGUGUAAUUAGUAGUUUCAAAAUUUUUACUUAAAACAACCAAUACUAUAAUAGCCAUAAAACCAAAGUACCUUUAAAGCAAAUUCAAACCAAUUCACCUUUGAGCUCAUGAAAUAAAACUCAAUAAAGGUUGAUAUUUCCUGUAAAGCUUUUGCAUUUAAUAAAGAUUAAUCUAUUAUUUUAGCUGGAUGUGGAAAGGAUAUUAAAGUAUUUGAAAAUCAAUAAGGAAAAUUGAAUCAAGUUUAAUUGUUGAAUAAGCAAAAAAUAUAUAUACUAUAAAUUUUAUGA